UCCAAAAAAAACAAGUGAGCUCGGUUACCCCACACCCUUUCCUGAGUCCUGACGCAUGAACUCCCCUCAGACGACAUAAAUUUAUAUCCCAUUUCAUACCAUCAUAAGCCCCCUUUUACCAGUAAUCAGUAAACCCUCGAGACCCAUGAAAAUUGGGUCACCAAAAAAUGAACAGCAAGCUCAAAAUCACAAACCCAAAUGGAGAAGACAGGCUCAGCAGCUUACCUGAUGAAUUAAUUUAUCAAGUCCUUUCAUUUCUUGGCACUCGACAAGCGGUUCAGACAAGCAUUCUCUCCAAGAGAUGGAAGCGUAUGUGGACUACUCUCCCUGUCCUCUCCUUUGAUGGGUAUGAUCAGCUUUUCCCAUACACUCAUUCUGGUAUCAUCAGAUUUAUUGACCAUGUUUUGGAAAAUCGAGACCAAGAUACCCAUGUUUCUUGUUUCAAGUUUCUUGCUGUUUAUCCGUUUCCGCCUAAUUUUGUUAGAAGGUUGAUUAGCUAUCCAAUUGACCAUAAUGUUGAAGAGCUCGAUAUCGAUUUGCAGUUCCAUCGUUAUAAGCCGUUUAAGUUAUCGACAUUUAGUUCUGAUACCUUACUGAAACUUAAGUUAAAGGUGCCUCUUGACUUUGAUGAAUCAUUGCGAACAGAUUCUAAGUGGGUCUUGCCAGCUUUAAAGACUUUGCAUUUGAUACGCCCGCCACAUAUGUCAAGUUACAAGUUACCUGGAUUUUGUUUGAUAUGGUUGCCUAGUUUGACAACUCUGUGUCUUGAUGGCAUUGAGUUGCCGGAGUCUUUUUCGUCUAUUAGGGUGCCUAAUCUGACAACUCUCCGUAUGAAAAGGUCCAAAUUGCCGGUAAAAGUGUGGGAUUUACCAGGUUUACUAAGUUUGGAACUGGAUGAGGUAGAUUUACCUGCGAACAUGAGUGAUUUCUUCUCUGCACUUGUGAGUGUGCGGGAUAUCACAAUAUAUUUCACUGGAACGUGUAAACAUCUUUGGAAUAUAUCUUGUCCCGAAUUAGUGCACCUCAAGAUCUGUACCAACUUUGCAUAUGUAAGCUGGAUCCAUGAAAUAGUGGUUUUGUCAGACAAGCUCCGCGAACUUUCUUUUGUUGGUAUCUUUAUGGUCUCGUUAUAUGUUCAUGAAUUGGAGAAUGUAUCUAUAAAAUUAUGGGAUACAGUUGACUUCAAAUAUGCAACAUGGGAAGAGAAGAAAGUACAUUAUCGUCAUGUCGUACCUAUGUUUUCAAAACUGGGUAGUGCCAGGACUCUUACUCUCGACUCUGCUAUAAUUGAGGCACUUCAUUCAGUUAACAACCUUUUGGGACGUGUUCAUUCUCCAUUCAGAAAUUUGAAGUAUGUGAAACUGCCUCAAGGAUAUACACAAUUUAGUAUAUCCACUACCCUCAGUAAAUACUUACUCGGUGGCAAUCGAAGAGCCACUAUUGUCACAACAUUGCCCCAGAGAAAGUUGAAUCAUCAAGUGGUGCCAAACUCCUCGACGUCGCAAAAGGUCUGUGUUGAUACUGUGGAGAAGAGGGUUCGAGUAGAGCAUUUGGUCGAGAAUUCUGUUGUAGAAGCUGGCAAGGUGAGACAGAUUGGUUGUCCAGUUGAAGGAAGUGGGACAGGAAAUGACCAGGCAAGCUCUUCUAGAGUAAAUGGUGAUUUUGAGUAAUAGCAGGGCCACUACUCGGAGUUUGGAGGGCUACUUGAUCUCACUGUGAAGUCCUUUUGAUCAUUUCAUUGCCAAAAUUGAGAUAAUCUGUACACCGAAGCUAAAUAUGCUUUGCACCUUAGUGAAAGACUUUUUAUGGAUUAAAAUGACUGAUUUUACCAGUGAGUUUGUUACCCGGGUCAAGGGAUCAGGGAUCUACAAGUUGUCUUGCAGAAAUGGUUCUUCUGCACUUUCUAUUGAGCGGUAACGAUGUUUUUUCUCGUACCGGGGACAGUUGUUUGGUUUCCUUGGUACUUUUAAAAGUUUUAUACAAUUCACAUAAGCAUUUAGUAGCAUGUUUUAUUUUGAGUUC